AUGCCAGUCACCAUCGGUCACGCCCUGCCAUCCGGCAACCCCGCAACCCCGCAACUCGCAGCGGCGCUGGAGGCCAACGAAGAGUUACCGCCGGCGGGUCUCUCCACCAAUCCCAGCCCGUCCAGCGAGAGCGGAAGCGCCCGCUCCUUCAAGCCCGUCCGCACGAAGGAGCCGCGCAAGUCUUCCUCCUCCGGCGCCUCCUCGUCGUCGCGCGCGUCGCGCGCCUCGCAGCCAGGCAGCCUCCGCGUGCCCAAGUCGCCUCGCUCAAACACCUCCUCCUCCUCCCCCGACCAGCCUACUACUACUAACGCCGUAGACCAAUCCAGUACCCGCGAACAGUCCGCGCGUGCUAGCGGCUCGCAAAGCGGCGGCUCCCGCCGGUCGCGCCAUAAGGCGAACUCUUCCGCGGACUCGCUGUCAAGCGCUUCCGCCGUCACCACGGCGUCGGACGAUGGCGCGGGCGACGCGGCAGAAUUAGCAGCAGCACCCGCGGAACCGCCUUCCACCGCCGCCACGUCCGCGCCUUCCGCCUCCACGCGCAAAAGCGCGGCUGCGAGAAAGGAGCGGGCGGCGCCGCCGGAGGGGGACGAGGAGGGUGGGAACGAGGGAGAGGGGGAGGAAGCGGGCGCUGGAGAGCGGGAGGGGGAAGGGGAAGAGGAGGAGGAGGAGGACGAGGCGCCGGCUUUGCAGCGCGUGCAACGAUCCACCACGGCUCCGCAUUACGAGCGCGUUAAAGGCGCCGCGGGCGCGGACGAGCCGCGGCCGAUGCGCGUGAGCACGAGCUACGACGCGCGGGGCAAGCGAGGGCUGUUACUUUCGCCGAACACACAUCGCGUGGUUUCGUUCGCCAGCGACGUGAAGCUUCCUGAAGGGUUCGAGGGCGAGGAUGCGGAAGCGUUUAGCCGCAACAGCACUGGCGGGUUGAUGGGGUAUCAGCAGGUUGGGGGUUUGCCGCGCCCGUUAUCGGCACCUUCGUUAAUGGCGCAACUGAACUCGAUGCUGACGCCGUCAAGGUCUGUGGGGAGUUUCACGGAGAGCGUUGGCGUCAGCGGAAUCGCGGUGUACGUGGGGCCCAAGAUGCAACUGUUUCGCGUGACCAGGGCGCUGCUCAUGAAGAUCCCCUUCUUCCGCAAGCAGCUGGAGACCACAGCGCCAGAUGGCAAGCUGCAGACACCAGAGCACGCAUCAGAGGACGAGGAGCUGUCGUUCAUGCUGGACUGCGAUGAAGCCACCUUCUCCCGCGUCCUCACCGUCGUGCAGUACCACAGUCUGGAGGCCUUGCCAUGGAUGAAUGACGAAGACUUUUACCGCCUGCGCUCGGAGCUCGACUUCCUCGGCAUCACUCUGCCGCCCGGCUCGCCCUGGCACCACCUCCCCUGGAAGGACGAGCGCAAGGCCGCCGCCGCCUCCGCCGCUGCUGCCGCCGCCGCCGCCGCUUCUGGCAUUCUCAACCCCGCUGCUGCGGCUCUCGCCGCUGGGUACACGUCUAGUUCGGAUACGGACGAGAUUAGGGAGACGCCUCCGGGAGUGGGAGGGGCGGCAGGAGGAGGCGCAGGAGCAGGCGGGGCGAAAUCGCUGGUGGAGGAAGACAGGCUGGACGUGGUGUACCGGCACGGCAGCGACACAGCAGCGGCGUGCACGUGCUUUGGCACCAAGGAGGCGGAUGGCCACUCGCACUGGGUGGUGUCUCUCUUCCACGGCCACGUCUUCUGCGCGUGA